ACUCAAUUUUGAGGUCUUUGUCUUCUUGUUGGAUGAAAAGUCAUACUGUCAGCUGUAGAUUGUAGUUAAUAGUAACAAACAUAGUUGUACCAAUUACAAGCCAAAGAGAGAGGGAGAGAACUCACUGAUCACUCUUGUUUGCAAUUUACUCUUAGCAUUCAACAGAAAUGGAGAUUGGCUUAUCAGCUAGUAGUGCAGUUGGUGGUGCAUUUCUUAAUGUUUUCUUUGAUAGGCUUGCUCCUCGGGUUGAGCUGCUCAAGAUGUUUCAGAAGCAUAAGCAUGAUGAUGGGCUUUUAGAGAAGUUGGAGGACUUUUUGCUUGGUCUUCAGAUUGUGCUAAGUGAUGCAGAGAAUAAGCAGGCAUCAAAUCCAUUCGUGAGGAAGUGGUUGGAUAAGCUUCAGAUUGCUGUGGACGGCACUGAAAACCUAUUGGAAGAAGUCAAUUAUGUGGAUUUGAGGCUUAAGGUGGAAGGUCAGCAUCAAAAUCUUGCAGAAACAAGUAACCGGCAAGUAAGUGACCUCAACCUGAGCUUGAGUGAUGAUUUUUUUCUUAACAUAGAAGAGAAGUUGAAAGACACCAUUAAAAAAUUGGAGGUGUUGGAAAAGCAAAUCGGUCGCCUUGGCUUACAAAAGCAUUUCGAUUUGGGUAGAAAAAUAGAAACUAGAACACCUUCAACUUCUGUGGUUGAAUCUGAUGUCUUUGGUAGGCAGAAUGAUAUAGAGAAAUUGAUUGACCGUUUAACAUCUACGGAGGCAAGUGAAAAAAAUCUGACUGUUCUCUCUAUCAUUGGAAUGGGGGAUGGUAAGACAACACUAGCUCAAGUGGUUUACAAUGAUAAGAAGGUGACAGAUCAUUUUUAUUUGAAAGGUUGGUUUUGUGUUUCUGAAGCAUAUGAUGCUUUCAGAAUAACAAAAGGCUUACUUCAAGAAAUUGAUUCAUUUGACUUAAAGGAUGACAAUAAUCUUAAUCGGCUACAAGUCAAAUUGAAGGAAAAACUAAAUGGAAAAAGGUUUCUCAUUGUUCUGGAUGAUGUGUGGAAUGACAACUAGCGCGAGUGGAAUGACUUGAGGAAUAUUUUUGUUCAAGGAGAUAUUGGAAGUAAGAUCAUUGUGACGACACGUAAAGAGAGUGUUGCCUUGAUGAUGCGAACUGAACAAAUUAGCAUGGACACAUUGUCUAUUGAUGACUCUUGGUCUUUAUUUAAAAGACAUGCAUUUGAAAACAUGGACCCUAUGGAGCAUCCGGAACUUGAAGAGGUCGGAAAACAAAUUGUAUCUAAGUGCAAAGGACUUCCCUUAGCUCUGAAGACACUCGCUGGCAUGUUACGCUCCGAAUCAGAGGUUGAAGGGUGGAGACGUAUUUUGAGAAGUGAAAUAUGGGACCCGUCAAACAAUGACAUAUUACCAGCGUUGAUGUUGAGCUACAAUGAACUUCCCCCACAUCUAAAGCCAUGUUUUUCCUAUUGUGCAAUAUUUCCUAAAGAUUAUCCAUUUAGGAAAGAACAAGUUAUUCAUCUGUGGAUUGCUAAUGGUCUUGUAGUACCAUGGGGAAAUGAAAGAAUUCAAGAAUUAGGCAACCAAUUCUUUCUCGAGUUGAGAUCAAGAUCAUUAUUCGAAAGGGUUCCAAAUCCUUCUCAAGGAAAGACAGAGGAAUUCUUAAUGCAUGACCUUGUCAAUGAUUUAGCCCAAGUUGCAUCUUCAAAACUUUGUGUUAGGUUGGAAGAGUGCCAAGGAUCUCAUAUGUUGGAACAAAGUCGGCACAUGUCGUAUUCAAUGGGGAGAGAUGGUGACUUUGAGAAAUUGAAACUGCUCUCUAAGUCAGAGCAGCUGAGGACAUUGCUUCCAAUAAAAAUCCAGCGCCUUUUACUCCGCCCUAAGCUAAGCAAGAGGGUGCUGCAUAACAUACUGCCAAAACUAACAUCCUUAAGGGCAUUAUCAUUGUCUCAUUACUGGAUUAAGGAGUUACCAAAUGACUUGUUUAUCAAAUUAAAGCUCCUGAGAUUUUUGGACCUUUCUCAGACGAGUAUAAAAAAGUUGCCCGAUUCUAUCUGUGCAUUGUAUAACUUGGAGAAACUUCUCCUGUCAUCUUGUACAUAUCUUGAGGUACUACCGGCGCAGAUGGAAAGGCUAAUCAACCUGCGGCACCUUGACAUAAGCAACACUUCUCACUUGAAGAUGCCGCUACAUCUGAGCAAGUUGAAAAGCCUCCAAGUGCUAGUGGGAGCCAAGUUUCUUUUAGGUGGUUGUGGUGGUUCGAGAAUGGAAGAUUUGAGUGAAGCACAUUACUUAUAUGGAUCUCUAUCAAUUUUAGAGUUGCAAAAUGUGGUUGAUAGAAGGGAAGAUCAGAAGGCAAAGAUGAGGGAGAAGAAUCACGUUGAGAAGUUAUCGUUGGCGUGGAGUGGAAGUACUGCAGACAAUUCACAAACUGAAAGAGGCAUACUUGAUGAGCUACACCCACACACAAAAAUAAAAAAACUCCAAAUCUCUGGAUACAGAGGGACACAAUUUCCAAAUUGGCUAGCUGAUCCUUCGUUUCUUAAGCUGCUAGUACAAUUGUCUCUUUGCAACUGCAGGGACUGUUUUUCCUUGCCAGCACUAGGACAACUUUCUUCGUUGAAAUUCCUUUCCAUUAAAGAGAUGCAUCGAAUAACAGAGGUGACAGAAGGAUUCUAUGGUAGUGUGUCCUCCAAAAAACCUUUUAACUCUCUUGAGAAGCUUGAAUUUGCAAAGAUGCCUGAGUGGAAGCAGUGGCACGUACUAGGGAAUGGAGAGUUUCCUGCACUUCAGGACCUUUCCAUUGAAGUUUGCCCCAAAUUGAUGGGGAAGUUGCCUGAAAAUCUUUGUUCUCUAGCAAAAUUGAGAAUUUCACUAUGUCCUGAACUCAAUUUGGAGACACCCAUCCAACUUUCAAAUCUAAAAAAGUUUGAAGUUGAUGGUUCUCCUAAGUCUGGAGUUCUCUUUGAUGAGGAUGAACUGUUUACAUCCCAACUUGAGGGAAUGAAGCAGAUUGAGAAAUUAGAUAUUAGUAAUUGCAACUAUCUUACCUCCUUGCCUAUUAGCACUCUGCCGAGUACGUUGAAGACAAUAAGCGUAUCUUGUUGCCGGAAAUUGAAAUUGGAGGCAUCAGAUAGUAGUAAGAUGAAUUCUAACAUGUUUCUGGAGGAAUUGAGACUGCAUGGAUAUGCUUCUAUAUCAUCGCCUGAGUUGGUCUCAACAGCACGCAUUUUGUGUAUAGAUAGUUGCCAAAACCUUACUAGGUUUUUGAAUUCUAAUGGGACUGAAAGACUCUAUAUUGGGUUUUGUGAGAAUCUUGAAAUACUACUUUCGGUGGCAUGUGGGACCCAGAUGACGUCAUUGUUUAUUAACGAAUGCAAAAAACUGAAGCAGCUGCCAGAACGUAUGCAGCAACUCCUUCCCUCUCUUAAGGAACUGCGAGUGUUUCAUUGUCCAGAAAUAGAGUCCUUUCCUGAUGGAGGAUUGCCCUUCAAUUUACAACUCCUUUGGAUCGAUGAUUGCAAGAAACUGGUGAACGGCCGAAAGGAGUGGCGUUUACAGAGACUCCCUUCCCUCAGAGAGUUGUACAUCAUCCACAAUGGCAGUGACGAAGAGAUUGUUGGUGGUGAGAAUUGGAAGUUGCCAUGCUCUAUUCGAAGGCUUACCAUAGACAAUCUGACAACAUUUAGCAGCCAAGUUCUCAAAAGCCUCACCUCUCUUGAAUAUCUACAUACUUGUAAUUUACCUCAAAUUCAGUCACUGCUGGAAGAAGGGCUUCCCUCCUCUCUUUCUGAGCUAUAUUUAUCUGACCAUCAUGAGCUCCAUUCACUACCAACUGUAGGUCUUUGGCACCUCACUUCGCUUCUAAGUCUAGAGAUCAGAAAUUGCCAUCAACUCCAAUCUCUUUCAGAAUCGGUGUUUCCCUCCUCCCUCUCUAAGUUGACCAUCGAGAAUUACCCUAAUCUCCAAUCACUUCCCAAAUCAGUGCUUCCCUCCUCCCUCUCUGAUCUGAACAUCUACAAUUGCCCUAAUCUCCAAUCCCUUCCAGCAAAAGGGAUGCCCUCUUCCCUCUCUAAACUAUCUAUUCGCUACUGCCCAUUGCUCGAACCACUCCUAGAAUUUGACAAGGGGGAGUACUGGCCAGAAAUUGCUGAUAUCUCCACCAUAGAGAUCGAUUUCGAAUACCUUUAAUGAUUAAAACCUUAUGGCACUCUCACAAAUUCUGCAGCGUCUAUUGAUCAAACUGUGUCUUGAAUUUGACGAGGGGGCUUACUAGCCAAAAAUUGCUCAUAUUUCCACCGUAAAUAUUUAUUGAGAGUACUUGUAAUGAUUAAAACAAGGGGUGCUCCGAUAUAUUGAAGAUGAGGAAGCAUCUUCAGAUCAAGAUAAAGUAUUUAUAUUUGCAAUGAAACAUUCAAAAAGAAAUCUAGUUCAGACGAAAAUACGAUUCGCCAUCAUGAAAGCUGUUCCGCUUUGUUCUGCAUUUUUUCGUUUCUUCUACAGAGAUAAAGGUUCCAAGAAAUGCGACCUCACUUUCUCAACCAGGAUGCCAAGACCUUGAAAAGAGUUGUAUCAAGCUUGAGUAAAGAAAUUGGAAAACACUUUGAAUGUCUGCUUCCAUUAUUUAAGCCAUGUUACAUCGCAUUGAUUUCAAGCUUUGUGCUUGGGCUCUUAAAAAAUGUCCGCUGGUGCGUGUUGGAUCCCCCAAAAGUAGUGCAUAUUAAUAGAAUCCGACACGGGUGGGGCAUCGGAAGUGAGGGGUCAAUUCAACUUAGAUUUCAAGUUUGAUACGACUGCUUCUGAUUGUUAACACUGAGCUUUUGUCAGUAUUUGGAUCUUUAUCACAAUAGGAGUUGUUUAAUCUUCUCUCCGUUUUAACUUCAGUCAAUUUAUGGAAUCGCAAAGGAAAAUCAUGAAUGGUCAGAAACAUGCAAUCAAUUUGCGCCAGAGAUGAAUUUUAAGGCUAAUAAAAUGAACAGGCGUAUCAUGAUGUAUUGAGACUAUGCUAGUCUCUAGAGGUUGAACAAUGGAGACGCCUUCAAUUCUUGAUUAAUAGCGGUCAAUUGGUAGCUUGGCUCCCUUCACAUUGCUUUGUUCUUCUAUCGAAAGCAAAGCUCUAAUAGAAUUCAAAGGUGUAUAAUACACAAGGAUUUUGGUAACAAUAUGUGUGCUGUUACAACUCUUAGCUCAAUUGGUGAAAGGAAAAUUCUGCUGCAAUUCUCUAUUGAAUAGAAAGUCACUCGAAUGUGGUCUGACAGCAAAGCAUAAGUGAACAAAGACUAGUCAUUUUUUUAUCAUCAGUCCAAGGUUUUGAACGACAUACUAAUGCCUUGAAUUUUUAUACAUAAAUAUGUGUGAUCAUCAGAAUGAUGCAUCUCUUUGCUAUUGAUGACGUUUGAUAUUCUUUUCAGGAUAUAAAUUAUGUUCUGCUCAUCAUCAAACACAGCUUUAAAUUUAAGCUCCAUAGAGAAUCUAUAGAAAAGAUAAUCACAGAUAACAAUAUGAAGUUUUAGGAAAUAAGUACACUUCCAUUGUCAGGAUUUUGGGAGCUAUACAACAUCCAAUUGUUGUCUUAGUUAGAUUGCUUCUUUUUACUAACCACUAUAUAUAUUUUUGUAUAAAUUCUGUUUAUGCUUUUUUUAAUGAUCAGGGGAGUGGUAUUUUUUUUUCUUUUUCACAACGGGUUCAUUGUGUCAUGGAAUGGUGGUCAACAUUAGUUGUUAACAGUUUUCAUCCAUCCAGACAAAAAGUGCACCGAUUUUAGAAUCUUCAGCUGAUGAAGCAAGUCCUGCAACUACUACCUCCAAUCAAUCUGGGGACCUGUCGUUACAUGUCAAAUCCAAUCGGAAAGCCCCUGGUGUAUUGCUUCAAUACAAAAUUGGCAAGCAGCGAUUGCGAGAAGCCAGGAUAGUUGGACUCUGUUUGGGAACACUUGCUGAAGUGAGUAUUGAAAUUUGAAACCUUUGGAUUGAUGCGGUACCUUUACACCGGCAUUGCAGUUCCUCUUCUCACCAAGAUUGCGGCUUUGAUGUCAUUUUCUCUAGAUAAAUUACACUACUGGAGAGAGAGUGCAUCUGGCAUGAGUAGUUAGUUUGGCAUACUUUCUGGCUAAGGAUACAAUUGAUCAUAUCAAUACUAUUGUAAAGCCUCCAGUUUAUCUAUCAAUGUUCUACUUCUUCAACAAUCCAUGAUCUUCAAUUUUGGAUAAUUAUCUCGUCUUGCUUUGUGUCGUAUAUUGUGUUACUGGGAUAACAUAUGCACUUGCCAUCUACUUUGAACCUGGUCAAGCUCAACUGUGGUCGGUGUUGCUACCAGUUGUCUUGACCCUUGUAGCAAGCAAGAACAGUGCGUUCACUGCGAUAGUAGGAGAUUAUAUCAAUUCAAAGUGGGCCUUGGAAGCAUUUAUAAUUGCAAAUGCUAAAAGGUCUGGUGAAUCCUUCUCCAUUGUGUCUAAAUUCUUCUUGCAUUACGGUUAAACUUGCUAACAAAUACUUGCUGAAAUUUAGAACGACAACAACAAUUGCGCUACCCAGUAUAAUCCCACAAGCGGGAUUAUGGAAACAUUAGAGUAUACACGACCUUACCCUACUUUCGGUGCAGGUAGAGGUUGUCUCCAAUAGACCCUCAGCUCAAGGAAAGCAUAAUCACAGCAUUUAGGGAAACAUAAGCAGUAACAGCAAGAUAGUGAGAAAACCGAAGCAUACAAGACGGCAAGGAGUAAUAGAAUUGUAGGAAUGAGAAAUGCGGAAAUAAGAAUACUAAUACUACUGGUAAUGAAAAGCAAAACGCAAAACUACCUACUACUAACCUUCUAUGUAAUCAGUAGCCAUGAUCAGCUGUUGAAUAUCAAAUGCACCUCAUAUUUUGGGAUUUAAGAAGUCAUAUGUUGAUCUAUUCUUUUUCUUUUCACUUUUCGUUUUCAUUUUCCCAACGUUUAGGUACUCUGGGGUGUUGCUGAUCACAAGAUGUGGUGUACUAAUGAAAAAAGGCUACGCGCUUGAUCAUUGGUACCCUUGCUUACUAAAACUCAUCCUUCUUGGUGCUGCCAGUCGCUUCGUAGCAUUUUUGUUAUUGAUAACUUUCCAGAAAACAUAAGACUUCAUUGUUGCUGUCUUGCCUCAUCACUUGAUAUACAAGGAAGAAUGCCAGUUUACAGUCUCAAAACCAUGACGAAAAUGUUGGGAAGCCUCAAAAAGUUGGGUCCCUUGUGAAGAUUAUUGUAUAUAACCUGGAUGUGAUUCUUGCCAAAAAUGUAAUUUACUUGAAACAGAUGGUAUAUAGCAGCAGGAGUCAAUUAAGCAGGUUAUAUGAUUCUUUCUGCUUUAGAUGGAAAAUCAAAUGUAACCUGUGUUAAUAGUAGUUUCUCUUGGAGAAUGAUUCCACCUGGUUCCUGAGCCUCAUUUUGUUGCCAUGAACCUCAAGAGAAAUAACCAAAAAUGUUCGUCUCGUCUUCAUGAAGUUGACAAGGUUAUGACUCAGAGUACACUUCAGAAAUUGGAGGUUAUACCCAAAAGUUGAUAAAGAUCAGGAUAUUAACAUCAAAUUAUGUAAAUUGUUAUGCAGCCAAAUGUGAUAAUAGCAUAAAUUCAGUUUUGAGUA